GCAAGUGUGGAAUCCAGCUCAACUGCCCCAGCAGCAGACGCUACCGAUCCCCAUGCCUCAGCAAGUGUGGCAGCCAAUGCCCCAGCAGCAAAAGCAACCGGCCUCUGAGCAGCAGUCACAACCUACCACCAUGCCUCAGCAAGUUUGGCAACCAGCUCCAAUGCCCCAGCAGCAGACGCUACCGAUCCCUAUUCCCCAUCAGCCUCAGCAAGUGUGGCGUCCAGCUUCAAUGCAACAGAAGCUACUGACCCCCAUACCCCAGCAGCCUCAGCAAGUGUGGCAACCAGCUCCAAUGCCCCAGCAGAAAAAGCAACCGGCUGCUGAGCAGCAGUUGCAACCUACCGCCAUGCCACAGAAGCAACCAGUUGCCAUGCCUCAGCAAUUAUGGCAUCUAGCUCAAAAGCAACUGGCCUUAAUGUCUCCGCAGAAGCACUUCGAAAGCACUGAAGAUGGCGGCUCUGGUAGCUCUCAGGCCAGCAUCGUUGAACAGUCUGUCCUCAUUCCAAUUUAUUCCUACAGUUCCAAAUCUCGCUACGAGAAUGGCAAAACUGUCUUCUCCCAAACCCGCUACACUCCUGGGGAGGCUAUGCCUGUUGAUAGUGGAAGUGCUCCCAAGAACAAGCAUGUUGGCAUCGCUGAACCAAGCAUAUACCCACCACUAGUAAAGGAUCCUUCAAGGAAAAUCUAAUGGUGGAUUCAUCCUUUAGAAGCUAAAGGUUUCAUUCAUUUGUGUUGCCCAGAAGUUGCUGGUGCACUUGCUACUCUUGUGAUUUAAUCAAUAAACCAUUUUAAUUUAAAA